AUGCCGGUAUACCUCCUUUACGGCUUCCGUUGGCCGCGCGCCGGCUUCACAGGUAUUCGGGUCUACAUCGUCCUCAACAACCUGGAGAACGCGACGGCCGAAUACCUGCAGCAACCGGAAACCACACGCCUGCUCCUCGAAUCAUUCAAGAAGAACGAAUCCAAUAUCGUGGCGAGACUACCGGACUUGAGAUUCAUCGAACAGUACGACCCCGAAGACAUCACGAGCGAGACCGCGGUUAGCCAGCCGUACGCCUAUGUUGCGGCGAGAGUGAUUGAGAUGCCAGACCCCAAUACACCCGGGAACAACAUUUGCUGGGAUAUGGAGGAGCUCAACAAGGAUUCUGGGUUAUCGGAGGAGGCAUCUAACGCAAUAACGGAGUUUCGAGAUAAAUAUGCCGCGGGGGAGAAGCUUGGGUGGUAUGUCGUUUAUAAUGGGGAUCCGGAGAGAUAUUUUCCUGAGACGGAUGAAGAGACCGUUGAAGAUGAUGACGAAGACAUGAUGGACGAGGAGUAUACAAGUAAUGAUAUUGGCUCCAAUAAUAACUUCGGGGAACCGGAAAGGCCUAAGACUUUUUCGGGGUCACGAUUCUCGGAGAAAAUCACGAGGCUGUUUAAAAAAAAUAGCAAUUCUACUCCAUGA